GGAUUACCGGGGGCUGCUUCGUCCUCGGCUGCAUUAAAGCUGGAGCUGCCGCCGCUGCACACACAUCGAAGGCUCUCCUCCUCCUCCUCCUCCUCCUCCUCCUCCUCGCCGCAGCUCCCGCAGACGGCCGGGCUCCUGGAUGGUGGAACCGUUUCGUCUCUUUACACACAGCGGGAUCGGGAUCGGUGUCCGGUCUACACAACGGGACAUAAAACGGACGUACUCACGUAGUUUCAGCUGUCCACGUCGAGCCGUGUCGAGAUGCUGCACUGAGGAGAAAACAGCAGAGGCUCCCCCGGUUGUGUUCAUCCUGAGGCUGCAGAGAACGGAGGGGGGAUUGCGGUACAGCAAGGUUAAUACUCAGCACCGGUGAAAGGUCUUCUCUGUGAGCGGGGACCGACUCGAAAGGGUGAUUCUUGCCCCUGUGCGGGGGGAUCGGCGGAGAAAUAGAGAUCUCUAAAAAAUUAUGGCCACCCUACUGCGGAAGAUCGGUCUAAUCCGCCUGCACGACCGAGACACCGAGGACCCAAAGCACCAUCAGGGCUCGUUAAAGGGGACCAAAGGGAACCAGAAAAAUAACACCAACAAACACUGUCAGACCGCCAACGAAACCAACAUCCUGAGCACCCCGGAGAUUAAGGCGAGGAAGCUGGACCAGCUCGGCAAGGACAAGCCGUCCGGCAAGGAUAAGCAGGGCAAGGAUGCGAAGGAAAAGCAGCAGACGGGGGGAGGCGGCGGGAGUAAAGCGACCAGUGCCUCCUCGAUACCACCGCUGGCGCCUCACCGGCAACACUGCACCCAGGUCCGGACGCGGAGGCUGAUGAAGGAGCUACAGGAGAUCAGGAGGUUAGGGGACAACUUCAUCACGGUGGAGCUGGUGGAGGACAACCUGUAUGACUGGAACGUCAAGCUGCACCAGGUGGACAAGGACUCGGCGCUGUGGCAGGACAUGAAGGAGACCAGCACCGAGUUCAUACUGCUCAACGUCACCUUUCCCGACAAUUUCCCCUUCUCGCCGCCGUUCAUGCGGGUCCUGACGCCCCGGUUGGAGAACGGCUACGUGCUGGACGGCGGGGCCAUAUGCAUGGAGCUGUUGACCCCCCGCGGAUGGUCCAGCGCCUACACGGUGGAGGCUGUCAUGAGGCAGUUUGCGGCCAGCCUCGUAAAAGGACAGGGGCGUAUAUGUAGGAAAUCAGGGAAGUCCAAGAAAGCUUUCAGCCGUAAGGAAGCCGAGGCCACCUUCAAGUCCCUGGUGAAGACCCACGAGAAGUACGGCUGGGUGUCCCCGCCCGUGUCCGACGGCUGAGCGCCCCGCCACCGACCCUCAGACCCCCGCGCUAGCCGGACAAAACCCCAGCUAGCCCCGACACGCAAAACGACACACCACGCUAACUCAACAAUCUCUCACCUUUCACCUUUUGCUGUUUCACUCAAGAGUUUCUUUUUUCGGUUUUGUGUGUCUGUGUUAUUAUUUUUUUUACCUUUUUUUUUGUGCUCAUCUCCACCAAAACUCUCUGAGAGCAGACUCGCCACCAUCAUCGCCACUCCUCCAACAAGAAGCAACUUUCGUUCCCCUCCUUCUCACCCAGGGAGGUUCUUUCCCCCAUUCUGGAAAGACCUGAGAGGGAGGUGUGUGUGUGUGUGUGUUUGUGUGUGUGUGUGUGGGUGUGUUGUGUGUGUGUAUGUUUGUCACUCCAUCGGACAUCACCUGGGAGUGUGUGCGCGUGCAUCGGAGUGUGCGUUACUGUCGGUGGAUUUCCUUUUUUGCUUUGUUUUUCCUGAACGCACACCCAUGCACGUGCAGUCGGAUAAAUCGGACAGUGUGGACUUUUCCACCCAUGUGAAAGACUACUGAAUGAAGGAGACUCAUCCCCCUCUCCUGUCCUCGCCAUUCCCCUCCUCUCUUUCUCCACCCCUCGCUCCCCUCUUCUCUACAGCACUGAACUUGCGUCACUUCCCACUGUCUCUCUCUGUAGCUGUCGGGUCAUUUACAUAUAAAUGAAGCUGUUAAUGUUUAAUAGACGGGCAGCACACUGGCGUUUAAUACUCACUCAUUCACUCCUUCAUUUCCCCCUUUUCUUUUUCGACUGUGCCGUUGCUCACAGUUCAAUGCAACAUGAAGAUUGUAAUUUACAUGGAGCUGUGCUCUCUCUCUCUCUUUUCUCUUUCUGUCUCUUUCUUUAGCUUGCUCGUUCACUUUGUUUCUCUUUCUUUCUCUCCGUCUCUUGUGGCUAAAUUUAGAGCUCACUUUUGCAUAGAUGGAUAUUGAUUUCUAAUGGAGAAAUAAAAAGUCACAUGUUGCUUUAUGCAGAGACUAUGUACGAUAAAUAGAAUGACAGUCAGUCACCUCUCUUUCUUUCUCUCUUUACUCUCAUGUUAUCGUGUGUGUGUGCGCGUGUGCGCGUGUAGGAGAGGAAGAAGACUGUAAUUCCCAUGAUUUAGAUACCAGAUGGUACAGCUGAAGGCCAGGCCUCAGUGUGUGUGUGAGCAAGGGAGACAACCCUUUAAACAGAGAAGAAUAUGAUUUACUGUGAAUGACACUAAGGCCUAAAGGGAGUGCUGUUUUUAUGGGUUUUUUUUUGUUAAAUUACUCGUCUUGUUCCACUUUCUGUGUCAGCUCCUGAUUAUUACUACUGUAAACACGUGAGUGGUUGUGACUGAAUAUCUUCGUGCACAUAGCCUCGUCUGUCUCUUCUCCGAUCCACGUAAAGAACUUAAGGUCUGUAGAAUAUACGCUCCGGACGAUUAGCUGCGCUCCAGACGCGCACACACACUCGAGCUCGCCCACACAUCCCACACACCCACUCGUGCGUACACCUGUGGCCUUGGCGUCAGCGGUAACACGCGGGAAUGGAGACAGACAUGAAGGCUCGAGUGCCGCCAUAGAUGGAGAGGUGCUUUAAAUGAGCGUACGCUUCAGAGCCCGCCUGAUUGAUGUCUGCUGAAAGAGAGGGAGAGGAAGAACAGAGGGAGAGGAGGGAAUUGUGGGAGCUUUGAUCACUACCGGCUGCUUCUGGAAAUGUCAGGUGGCUUUUAAAAUGGCCGAAGACAGAUAUUAUUUGCUCUACCCGCUGUGAUUACACACAGUUCCCGAGUUCCAACCUUUAAAAGGACUUUAUAAAUAUCUAAUAUUAACUCUACGGCUGCAGCAACGUCGGUCUCAAUCAACGGGCGCCUGCUAGCCACAGACUAUCUGUCCGAGCAGUCCAGCGGGUUCCUCGUGUGUUUGUUUUGCUAUCUGCCAGUUAAAUGUCAGAGGGAAAGCUGCUAAUUGGCCUGACAUUUCAACAGAGCAUCAUUAGAGAAGAGCAGCUGAGAGCAGAAGGAUGGAGGAUGUCAAACCUCCCGCUCUGCGCUGACAUUUUGUCACUUUCCACUCUUGCCCUGCUUUUUUUUCCUUUUUUAGGGGGGGUAGCAGAAAGUGGGUUAGGUGAGGAGAGACCAGGGGUAUAGGAGCAGCUCAAUGCCAGUCAGCUCUCAGCAGGCCCAGCCGUAAUCCUGGAGCAGGAUGUUUAAACCGCUGAGCCGAAGCCGAGCCGUGCUGCAAGCAUGCCGCGUUUUGGAUCAGUCUGCGCCACGUUUCAAAGCCCCCACCCCCCCACCUCCCUCUCGUGUUGGGUUUGUGGUCGACGACAAAUGUCCGUCUGUGCGUGAGUGCAUGUGUGAGCAAACAUGUGUGUUACACUCCCAUUAUUUAAAAAAAAAAAGAAAGGAAAAAAAUCAUACCAUCUGGUAUGUGAUCAUGUACGAGAGCGUGUUAGUCCUCUUCGAAUUUGGAUAGUCAGUUCAGGGUCGAUCGUAUAGUGAUCUCUCAGCUUGUCAGCGGAGAGAACUGUAAACUGAAUUAUUAUUAAGACAAAAUAUCUCAAAAGCUGCGUGUUUGCUGGUUUCAAGAGAAUAAUUUUGUGAUAUAGUUUAGAUUGGUAGUUUGCAGACACUAACUGGGUGAACUGAUUAUGUUGUAUUAUAUCUGCAUGUGAUAUGUGAUUGGUAGCUAGCUACUGUAUAUCUUUUUUCAAGAAAAGUAAGAAAAAACAUGGGGAAAAAACAAAAAUGCAAAUGCUUCUCUUUUCUUGUUCUUUUUUUCUUUUUUGGGUUCUGUAUUGUAUGUAUAUUUCUUUCUAAGCGUCCUACAAAUGUCACAUUGUGUUAUAUGAAUGUCUGUGUUUUAAUUUAUUUGUGGUUUGCCAAAAUGAAGAUUUGAAGCAUGUUGCAGGUAUUGUCACAAGAAAAUGAGAAGAAAAAAAAAAAUCCUUACUAAGAAUGAUAGCCUACGUAUUUGUGUGGUGGGGGAAGGUGUGUUUAUUUGGGGGGAUUUCAGGGAGUAAAGAAGGACAAAAGGUUGCAAAGCCUCAAGAUUAUAAAGGGAGUAUUUCCUUCAUUGGGAGUGCAUCAAAGUGGAAUCAAGAAAAUUCCUACGCUCCCUUGAAUACUCCCUAGUCCCCUCCAUGAUGUCACUACUGUCCCUUCCCCAUUGGUCCUGCUAUAGACAGUGAUUUGGCUUAUGGGUAAUGCAGUCAACACAAAGAUCUGGACUGAAAGUUCCCCAAGUCACAGAUCUGGGAUCAGUAUGACCUCCCUAUGCUUCAAAUCAUACUCGUAAAGGGAAUGUGCACAUCUGACCUGCGAUCAGUUACUCUGGGCAACUUCAUCCCACUCCUGACUUGAGUGUUUGGUCGAGACCGAGGUCUUAAAAGUUCAAAAGGUGAAAGGUCGUUGCAAGACCAAACAGGAAUGUGCAAUAAAAGUUACAGCUUAUUCAAA